AUGACGAACCGAAAAUCUCCUCUGCCACAGGGCCAGCAGCGAAUUUUGUGUUUGGUUAUAGUAGUAUUGCUUACGCUAUGUAACAAAAUUCCCGUAGUAAAAAGCGUCGAGCUUACGUUCGAGUUGCCAGACAACGCGAAAGAAUGUUUCCACGAGGAGAUACAGAAAAACCAAACGGCUACGUUGGAGUUCCAGGUUGUCAGUGGAGGAAAGUACGAUGUCGAUGUUACGCUGGAAAGUCCCACCGGUGAAGUGAUCUAUCGGCAGAUAAAAACACAAUUUGAUUCGCACCAAUUCAUCGCUGCGGCAACCGGUGUUUACGCAGCAUGUUUCAGCAACGAGUUCUCAACGUUCUCACACAAAAUCGUUUACAUGGACUUCCAAGUGGGCGAGGAACAGCCAUUACCUGGCAUCGAGGAGCAUGCUACAGUGCUAACGCAAAUAGAAACGUCCGCUCAGGAAAUUCACAAGGGACUCAACGCGAUUCUUGAUUAUCAAACCCAUCAUCGGCUGCGAGAAGCUCAAGGCAGGAAACGCGCGGAAGAUCUGAACGAACGUGUUCUGUGGUGGUCACUAACGGAAACAGUCGCCAUUCUCUUGAUAGCCAUCGGGCAGGUGCUGGUGUUAAGAAACUUUUUCUCGGAAAAGAAACCAAGCCAAAUGAAUUAUCCUUUAAUGAAAUAAUAA